AGCUCGAGAGCAGGGUCCGCUGAAGCCCUAGAGCAAUUCCGUCUUCACAAAUUCGCAGCCAGGUGCACUGAUUCGAGUAGUUUGUUUUAGCAAUUAGCUGUGAGAUUAGUAGUCAUGGGGUUUAUGAUGGAGUUUGUGGAGCACUGGAUUCGCCGCUCUAUGGAAAAUCCCGAUGAGCGCGACGCGAAAUUCCGGAAGCACGUCUACAGCACCAAGGAGCAGUGUGUCAAGCUGAAGGAGUCCUGGGCUAAUCCCGUGAAACCCUACGGCAGCUGGAACACGGACAAGAACAACCACAAGUUCUUGCAGGAUCUCACCCUGAGCCGUAUGCCUGGCCGGAGCGAUCCCUACGAAGAUGUUUCUUCCGCUAUUUCUCGAUCUUAAUUCCCCAGCCUUGCUUCAGGAUUAGCAGACGCAUUGGAUGCGGGUCUUAAAGAGUUGAUGACCGGUUUAGUAAGAUCCUUGUUUUUUUUUCUUUUUUCCUGGUUUCUUUACUCAAAUAGCAUCUGGGCAGGAAUACUUAGCUGUUGGCGAAGUCUAUCACCAUGUUACUCUUGCAAACACAGUAGUGUUUACCAAUGCACCAUUUAUCGUCUUCUUUAAGAAAACUCGAAGCAGAGAGUCAUCUCUUAUCGGCAUUGUCACGUGCAGUCACUAACAACCUGAACUUACCCCAUAUUCUGAGCUUGCUCAUCCAGGGUAAAUUGAACAAUAAACAAGUAGCAUUCCAUGGAGUUGCUUUAUGG